CAACUUUUUUUCGUUUGCUUUCUACUUUUACAGUUCUCGCUUAUCAAACUUCAGAAAAGGACCGUAACUCGCCAUAAAAAGCAUACAGCACGAGAGAGAGAGGGAGAGUAUGAGGUAGAGAAGACAUAAAGAUCCAACUAACAUGGGUUGAGACUUGAGAGUGAAGGAGGAAAGGCAGCUGAUGGUGCUGAUGUAGCAGAAGCUAAUCCAAACCAAACCCAGAGUCUAAAUAUUUGUGGUAGCUUGAACAAUUCCGAGGGAGAGCAGUUGCUUUUUGUGCAUGAUUUUUGGACUGGAGUUCAGUUGAUCAGUUGGACUGAGAGCAGAUAAUAAGAGAAGUGGUGUUCUUGGCUGGAGUCAUGGCAACCCUGUCGCAACCUGAUUCAAAACGCAAGUAUUCUUGGUGGUGGGACAGCCACAUAAGCCCUAAAAACUCAAAAUGGCUUCAGGAGAAUCUCACAGAUAUGGAUACCAAAGUCAAACAAAUGAUCAAGCUUAUUGAAGAAGAUGCAGAUUCUUUUGCAAUGAGGGCAGAGAUGUAUUAUAAGAAACGACCGGAGCUUAUGAAGAUAGUCGAAGAGUUUUACCGAGCAUACCGUGCAUUGGCUGAAAGAUAUGACCAUGUGACCGGAGUGCUACACCAGGCUCAUAAGAGUAUGGCAGAAGCAUUUCCAAACCAAGUUCCAUUGGUACUUGCCGAGGACUCACCUGCAGGGUCUUCUGCUAACGAGACUGAUCCUCAAACACCUGAGAUAUCCCCUAUUCGUGUAAUUUUUGACCCAGGUGAGCUGAAAAAAGAUGCUUUGGGACUUUCUUCAUCUCAUUCCCAUGCUUUCAAGAGGAAUGGAGAUUUUACUGAAGAUCCUGAUACUGUAACAAGCAGAAAGGGUUCAAAACAGCUUGAUGAGUCGUUUGAGUCUGGAGAAGCUGUGAGUCGUGCAAAGUAUUCAGAAGGGAAGGCAAGAAAAGGCCUUAAUUUUCAUGAUGCAGAGGAGAAAGAACAAAGCGUGCAAAACAAUGGGAGUGAUCAUAUAAAGUCUCGAGUUCUUUCCGAGUCUGAGCAAGUGGGUAAAGCUGAGACAGUAGUUUUGUCCUUAAAGAAAACUCUUGCUAAAUUAGAAUCUGGAAAGGAGGCUGGUCUACUUCAGUAUCAACAGAGUAUAGAGAGAUCAUCUGCUUUAGAAUCAGAAGUCUCUCGUGUGCAAGAGGAUUCCAGGGGAUCUAGUCAACGAGCCAGUCAAGCAGAGGCUGAAGUUCAGACUUUGAAGGAAGCCCUUGCCAAAUUAGAGUCACAAAGGGAAGCUAGUCUUCUUCAGUACCAGCAGUGUAUAGAUAGGAUAUAUAAUUUGGAGGUUGAAGUCUCUCGAGCCCAAAAGGAUGCUGGAGAACUUGAUGAGCGAGUUAGUAAAGCUGAAGCUGAAGCUAAAAGUAUAGAGCAAGAACUUGUUAGAGUAGAAGGUGAGAAAGAAGCUGCCCUUGCUCAAUACAAACAGUGUUCGGACACGCUAUUGAACUUGGAGGAGAAAUUACUGCACGCAGAAGAGAAUGCCAGAAGGAUUAAUGAAAGAGCCAAUAAAUCUCAAACUGAAGUUGAGACCCUGAGACAAGAACUUGCCAGAUUAACCGAAGAGAGGGAAGCUGCUGCCCGCCGGUACCAGCAAUGCUUGGAGACUAUCGCAAAUCUGGAGCAUAAAAUCUCUCAUUCACAGGAAGAGGCUCAGAGGCUAACUUGUGAGAUAGAUGAUGGAGUUGCAAAGUUCAAGGCUGCUGAAGAAAGGUGUCUUCUGUUAGAGAAAUCAAAUCAGACUCUGCAGUCUGAGUUGGAGUCUUUGGUGGAGAAGAUGGGGUUUCAAACUGAAGAACUUACGGAGAAGAGGAAAGAAUUAGGUAGACUUUGGACUUGCAUACAGGAAGAGCGUUUGCGAUUUGUGGAGGCUGAAACUGCUUUCCAAACUCUGCAGCAUUUACAUUCUCAAUCUCAGGAAGAACUGAGAUCUCUGGCUGCAGAACUUCAAAACAGGGCUGAAAUUCUGAAGGACAUGGAAACUUGUAAUCAGGGUUUGGAGGAUGAAGUCCAGAGGGUCAAGGAGGAGAACAAGAGCCUGAAUGAACUCAAUUUGUCUUCAGCUGUGUCAAUUAAAAAUUUGCAAGAUGAAGUCAUAAGUUUGAGGGAGACUAUAGGUAAACUCGAAGAUGAGGUUGAACUUCGAGUGGACCAAAGAAAUGCUCUUCAGCAAGAAAUAUACUGUCUGAAAGAGGAACUUAAUGAGCUGAACAAGAAACACUGGGCUGUGCUGGGACAGGUGGAGUCGGUAGGCUAUGAUCCAGAAUACUUUGAAUCAUCUGUGAAGGAAUUACAGGAUGAGAACUCAAAACUAAAAGAGAUAUGUGAGGCAGAUAGAAGUGAAAAAGUUGCACUGUUGGAAAAGUUGGGAAUUAUGGAGAAACUUAAAGAGAAAAAUGCUGUUUUGGAGAAUUCCCACCUAGAUUUGAAUGUUGAGCUACAAGGGGUUGGAGAGCAAGUAAAAGCAUUGGAAGAAUCCUGUGAAUCUCUUUUGGGAGAGAAAUCCACUCUUGUAGCUGAGAAGGCCACCCUUAUUUCUCAGUUACAGAUUGCAACUGUAAAUUUGGAAAAACUCUCAGAGAAAAACAACUUUCUGGAGAAUUCCCUUUCUGAUGCAAGUGCUGAACUUGAAGUAUUAAGGGUGAAAUUCAAGAGCUUAGAAGACUCGUGCCUGUUGCUUGAUAAUGAGAAGUCUGGCCUGAUCACCGAGCGUGAAAACUUAGUUUCUCAGUUGGAAAUCACUAAGCUAAGAUUAGAAGAUCUAGAGAAAAGAUUCACAGAACUAGAAUACAAGCACACAGUUCUUGAGAAUGAGAGAGAAUCUGCACUUUGUAAAGUAGAGGAACUGCAGGCUUCCUUGGAUACUGCACAGCAAGAGCAUGCCAGCCUUUCAAGGUUAAGUGAGACCCGGUUGGCUGGCAUGGAAUUACAGAUCCAUGUUCUAGAAGAAGAAGGCCAGUGCAGGAAGAAAGAAUAUGAAGAGGAGCUAGACAAAGCUGUCAGUGCUCAGAUUGAAAUCUUCAUCUUGCAGAGAAGUGUACAUGAUCUUGAAAAAGAAACCAUUUCUAUAUUGAUGGAGUGCCAAAAUCUCUUGGAGACAUCCAGACUAUCAGAGAAACUGAUUUCUGAACUAGAGCAUGACAAUCUUGAACAACAGAUGGAAGUAAAAUCCUUGUUUGGUCAAACUAAAAAACUAAGAAUGGGGCUAUAUCGAGUUUUAAAAACUCUUGACAUUGACGUGGACCAUCGCUUUGAUGAUAAUAUUAACCAAGAUGAAGUGCUUCUGAGCCACAUAGUGUGCAAGCUUCAAGAGAUGCAAGGUUCUUUCUUCAGGAGUAGUGAUGAAAAUCAGCAGCUGCUGAUUGAAAAGUCAGUUCUUGUCACACUGUUGGGGCAACUGAAAGUAGAUGCAAUACAUCUUGUGACAGAAAGGGACACCCUUGCAUGGGAGUUCAGGAUUCAGUCUGACCAGUUAUCUGUGUUGCAGAUGGAGAUUCAAAAGAUUUUGGGAAUGAAUGAAGAAUUUAGGUUGAAAGUGAUGGAGGGGGAUCAGGGAAAGGAGGUAUUGAAAACUGAAAUAGAGAAUCUGCAGGGGCAGUUGUUGGACUUGCAAAGAGCGAACCAAAACUUACAGGAAGAUAAUUUCAAGGUACUUGAAGACAAAAUAUCCUUGAUUAAGGAAGCAUUUGACUUGGUGGAAGAAAAACGUAACCUAGAUGAAGCAAACUGGGUCUUAUAUGGUGACAUAAUGUCAGAGAGCAAUCUUUCUCUGAUUCUUCGUAAUAUCACCUUCGAAAAAAUUGUGGAACUGAAAAAGCUCACUGAAGAACUGGAUAAACUUCAUUCUAUGAAUAAUGACCUUGAAGGGAAAGUAAGGUUAAUGGAAGGGAAAUUAGAAGAUGUGGAAGAUGAUAAUUUUAAAUACAAGGAGUCAUUGAAUAAGUCAGAAAAUGAGCUUGUGUUACUUAAAUCUAUUAGUGAUCAAUUAAGAUUCGAAAUUGCAAAUGGGAAGGAUCUAAUAUCUCAGAAGGAAAGUAAGCUUUUGGAAGCAGAGCUGAUGUUCAAUGCGAUUACAAAUGAGAAAAUAGAGUUACAUAAAUUGGUGGAGGAUCUGAAGAAUAAGUAUGAGGAGGGUCAAGUGAUACUCAAAGAUCAAGAGAAGCAGAUUCUGAAAUUAUCUGCAGAGAAUGAUCAUCAGAGUCAGGAUAUGGGAUGCUUACGUGAAGUGAAUCAGAAAUUAGAGUCUGACCUAUGCAGAUUGCAUGAAGAACUUAGGGAAGCUAAAACUAGGGAGGAAAGCCUAAGUUCUGAACUGCAAAAGGGAGGAGAUGAGAUUGCACUGUGGGAGACUCAGGCUGCCACAUCUUUUACUGAGCUGCAAAUCUCGAGUGUCUGUGAAGUGUUGUUUGAAGGAAGAAUUCAAGAGCUAACUAUUGCAUGUGAGAACCUUGAAAAUAUGAGCAUCUCCAAAGACAUAGAGAUUGAAUUGCUGAAAGAAAGAGUUAGCUCCUUGGAAGGUGAAAACGGAGGACUACAUGCUCAGUUGGCAGCUUAUACCCCUGCUGUCAUCUCAGUUAAAGAUUGCAUAUCCUCUCUAGAGAAACACACACUUUCUAAUUAUAGGCUUCAUGCAGCUCAAAAUGAAAAGGCAAAGGAUGCUCAUUUGGUCACCCACCCACAUACAAGCUAUCAACCAAUGUAUGGGGAUCGGAUUACCAUGGCGCCAGAUGGAUUUUCGGACUUGCAGGAUUUGCAAAGAAGGAUGAAAUCUAUUGAAAAGGCAGUGGUGGAAAUGGAAAGGCAUGCAACGCUGGAACACCUAAAUGCUAAUGCCAAGCUAGAGGCUGCAAUGCAAGAAAUUGAAGAAUUGAAACUUCAAAGUCGUUUGUGUGAAGAAAAUGUUCAAAUCAGCAAGCCCGUAACUCUACACCUAGCUGAAGAGGAACUGGGGGAUGCGCACGGUAAUGAGCUCAAGAUGGGGAUGCGGACACGCAAAGUCUCUGAAGCAAGGAAUGAAGCUCUGACUAAAGACAUCAUGCUUGAUCAGAGUUCUGAGUGUUCACCAUAUGGGAUAAGCAGGAGAGAAAUUGUAGAGGCUGAUCGGAUGAUUGAGUUAUGGGAAACCACCGAUCGAGACGGCAGCUUUGACCAGAGGAUUGGCAAGGCACAGAAGGUGGCUACGGCACUCGCCCACAAUCAGAAUCAACCAUUCAAACGCAAUUCUUCACGCGCUUCUUCAGACUCAUUUCUUGAAAAGGAGCUGGCCGUGGACAAAUUAGAAAUAGCUGGAGGACUUGCUGAGCCCCGUCAAGAAGGGAACAAGAGGAAGAUUUUAGAAAGACUAGAUUCUGAUGCACAAAAGUUGGCAAACCUUCAAAUAACUGUGGAAGAUUUGAAGAGGAAGGUAGGGAAUACUGAGAAGAGCAGGAAGGGCGGCAAAGUUAUUGAAUAUGGUCCAGUCGUUGGGCAGUUGGAUCAAGCUGAAGAGUCCAUCACGAAGUUGUUUGAUGUAAAUCGCAAAUUAGUGAAGACUGUUGAAAAUGGUUCCCGCUCCUUCAGUGGAGUUUCUGCAACAGACUCAGAUGAGAGUGUGAAUGUGAGGAGGAGGAGAAUCUCAGAACAGGCACGAAGAGGUUCCGAAAAAAUUGGACGGUUGCAGUUGGAGGUGCAGAAAAUACAGUUUCUUCUCCUAAAGCUUGAUGAUGAGAAAGAAAUCCGACGAAAAACAAGAAUCAGUGAACGAAAGCCUAGAGUUGUUCUGCAAGAUUAUCUCUAUGGUGGUGGAUCAAGAGCAAAGCAGAAGCGAAAGAAGGCGCCUUUUUGUGCUUGCGUCCGACCUCCAACAAAGGGAGAUUGAAAGCAAUUACAUUUAUGUUAGCAUAUAAUCAGGAUAAAGAAAUGAGACAUUAGUUGCAUUGUUCAUAGAGUUCCAUGCACAGAUCCCUGCUGUAAAUUUCAGAAGUAUCUAAUUUUAGGGACGACACUCUACUCCUAUUUUUCUAUUUUGUAUACUCAACUUGGGUGUCCCUGAAAAAGUAUCUUCUUCGAGGCAACUAAUUCUGUUCUCGGUUGAUAUUUUCUCAAGAAAAAUCUCUCAAAACUUGUGCCGAUGAAGGGCCAUCUCUCAAAA